AUGGCAGUGGCAAUGGCUUCAACAUCGGCGGAUGGCUCCUACGGCCGAUGGCACCGCUACAAGGCAGCGACCGACGCCGUGCUUACGUGGCUCGAGCGCGCCGCGUCCAAAGCCUACAAGAAGGCAAAGUCAAAGUCGAAGCUGAAGGCGCCCAUUGACACGUGGACGACCGGCCAGAUCUGGGCAGCCGCCGUCGCGGUCGCCGAGGCCGGCGUCGCCGUCCCACGCGAUGUCUGGCGCAACCUUGCGACGAGUAUUCGCCUGCGCUGGCAAGCGACCAAGUGCUUGCCGCGCGACGACGGCCAUCUGCACUUUCUCACUUUGCUCCGGGCCAUGCAGGCCACGCUGACCCCGGACCGUCCAUCGCCACCGACCGCCGCCACCGACGAUCUCUCCAACACGUUUAAAGCAUUAGCGCUGGACGACGACGACGAUACGAUCGAUGCUUCUAUGCCAGCGUUUGAUGUGGCGGCGUUCGUGCCGCCUGCCGCGCCGACGUCGCAAGAGACAGCACUCGCGCAGCUCGAAGCCGAUCAGUUUCGCGCGACGUGCUUUCUCCAGGACCUCGACGAGCUUUUGGACGAGGUCGAUGCUGUCUGGACUGCGUUCCAGGACGGCAAAACAUCGCUUGUCGCUGCGACGAUCGUCACCAACCACGCCGUCCACGUCGCCCAAUCGCUCGCGUCGACGCUGACACUCGAGCUCCCGUACCUCGACUCGCUCAGUACCAUUAAUGUGCUGGUGAGCAAUAGCGACGCGCUGCGGUCGCUUGUGCUCCAACACGGCGUGGACCUCGCAUAUGCGGUCGAGGUGUGUGAAUUCAUACGGCGCUCCUCGGUUGUCCGCACGAAAGAGCUUGGAACGGGCCUCGCCACGCGUCUUACGACGACCAAGUCGGAGGCCAAAGCGCUCCAUGCAAUGCUCGUUGCCGACGCCGCCGCGCCACUGCCCGGCGUGGCGCAAAUGCGGCACGGCAGCGACCUCUGGAGCGUGCACUACACGUAA